GGGAGAGGCUCGAAAGGCGGCCUCUCUUCGCCACCAUCCUCACCGUGUCUCCCUCCGGGGGGUUGGGUGGGGAGCAGCGCAGCCCGGCCCUGCCUGCCCGCCCGCCCGCCUGCUCUUGCUGCUGCUGCUGCUAAGACGGAGGUUCUGCCGCUGCGAUACUAUGAGCCGCCGCCGCCGCCACCACUCCCCUCCCUGGGCGGCUGUCAUCAGGGAGAAGAAGGAGACAAGCCGGGAGCGGCGGGAGAGCAGGGUCGGCGCCUCUUCUUAAUGCACCUGGCGGGAGCUCCCGGGCCUGGAGGAGGAAGAGGAAGAGGAGGAAGGGAAAGCGGGCCGUGAAAGCGAUUCCGCAGCCCGGCUGCUGGUGGGCGAGCGCGAGGAGAUGCCGGCCGAAGGGCUGGCUGGCGGAUCGGCUCCAAAGGUGGAGGCUUGGGGCGAUGGAGCCCGCCUCUGCCCUUAGCCGCCAAUAGAGGCGAGACGCCGCGGGCCGCCGACGACCCCGGAGCUCCAUGCCCUCUGCCCGGGAGCUGCACCAUGGGGGGAUCCUUCUGGCGCCUUGUCCUGCUGGGCUCCUGGGCCGUCGUUGCCGUGUUGAGCAGCAUUGUUCAAGCUGGAUCCCAAUGUGAGAAAGCAUGCAAUCCUCGGAUGGGAAACCUUGGGUAUGGACGUAAAUUGUGGACAGAUACAAAGUGUGGAAGCAACUCCACGGAAUUUUACUGUUCCUACAGUGAGAAUGCAGACCUCAUAUGCAAGUCACCGAAAUGUAGCAAAUGUAACUCUCUACAUGCCCAUAUGGCUCAUCCACCCUCUGCUAUGAUUGACUCUUCCUUCAAGUUGCCACAUACAUGGUGGCAAUCAGCACAAGGGGUACAAAGGGAGAAGAUCCAAUUGAACUUGGAAACAGAGUUUUAUUUCACUCAUUUAAUCAUAGUCUUCAAGUCACCAAGACCAGCAGCCAUGGUGCUGGAACGAUCUCAGGAUUUUGGAAAAACAUGGAAGCCUUACAAAUAUUUUGCCACAAAUUGCUCAGCAACAUUUGGACUGGAUGAUGAUGUAAUAAAAAGGGGGGCAAUUUGCACUUCUAGAUAUUCUAGUCAUUUCCCCUGCACUGGAGGAGAGGUUAUAUACCGAGCUCUCUCACCACCUAAUUCUCAUGAUGAUCCUUACAGCCCUGAAGCUCAGGCACAGUUGAAGAUCACCAACCUUCGUGUACAGCUGCUUAAACAACAGUCCUGCCUUUGCCAUAGCAAUGAUCUAAAUACAAAGCCUCCACAGCUAACCUACUAUGCAAUCUAUGAUUUCAUUGUAAAGGGGAGCUGCUUUUGCAAUGGUCAUGCAGAUCACUGUGUGCCCAUCAAAGGAUUUAGGCCUGUUAAAGCAGCAGGUGUCUUUCGUGUGGUCCAUGGACGAUGCACGUGCAAACACAAUACUGCAGGAACUCAUUGCCAGCACUGUGCUCCUCUCUAUAAUGACCAGCCCUGGCAACCUGCAAAUGGCAAAACAGGAGCCCCAAAUGAAUGUCAAUCCUGUAAAUGUAAUGGGCAUUCUGAUGCUUGUCACUUUGACAUGUACACGUGGCUGGCAUCAGGAAACCAAAGUGGUGGAGUCUGUGAUCAUUGUCAACACAAUACUGAAGGACAGCACUGCCAGCAUUGCAAACCAGGCUACUUCCGAGACCUCAGGAGGCCUUUCUCUGCCCCAGAUGCUUGUAAAUUAUGCUCCUGCCACCCUGUUGGAUCAGCAGUGCUUCCCUUCACCAACAGCACCUUCUGUGAUCCCAGCAAUGGUGACUGUCCCUGCAAACCUGGAGUGGCAGGUCCCCAGUGCGAUACAUGCAUGGUAGGGUACUGGGGGUUUGGAGAUUACGGCUGCCAACCGUGUGAUUGUGCAGGAAGCUGUGACUCCCUGAGUGGCGACUGCAUCAGCAGCAGUGCAGACACAGACUGGUACCAUGAAAUAUCUGGUUUUUAUUCUGCAUAUAACAAGAGUGAACCAACAUGGGGAUGGGAGGAUGAACAAGGAUAUUCUGCCCUUCGACAUUCAGGAAAAUGUGAAUGUAAAGACCAAGUUUUACAACAUUCCAAGGUCUUCUGUGGCAUGAAAUACACAUAUGUUCUGAAGGCAAAGAUUUUGUCGGCUCAUGAUAAAGGCUCCCAUGCUGAGGUCAAUGUGAAAGUCCAGAAAGUAUUGAAAUCAACAAAACUAAAGAUUUUCCGAGGAAAACGGAUUCUUUAUCCAGAAUCAUGGACUAACAGAGGCUGUACCUGCCCAAUACUUAAUCCUGGCCUAAAAUAUCUUGUUGCUGGAUAUGAAGAUGUUCAAACAGGGAGACUCAUAGUCAAUAUGAAAAGUUUUGUUCAGCAGUGGAAACCAGCUCUGGGGAAAAAAGUGUUGGAGAUUUUAAAAGACUGUAGCUGAGAGAGAUUUCUGCACAAAGUGCAAAUUUCAGGAAUAAAACAUCUAUGAAAAACUGGAAAGCAAGGGAAUAGUGCCAAAUGUCUAUAGAGAGGGUAUUCCAGUCUUAGCUUUUCACCCUGGCUCUCAACACACUGGUCCAGUUGUAUCGCUUAAGAAGACAUUGUGUCUUGCUGAGUAAAGCCUCAAGAAAUGGAUUCCCUCUAACAGCUCAAGUUCAAUAUGCAAGGGGAAUAAAGAGUGUGCUCUAAAGCCAACAAUCCGUGAGUGCACAGGUUGCAUCAGCUACUGUUUGAGCUCUUCCCUUUUGACUUUCCCACAAACCAUCUGUUUGCUGGGCAGGAGAACUAUAAGCAGAACUGUAGUGUUCUCUGAAUUGGGCCGAUCUGCUUAGAAGUAAGCCCCAUUAAUUCAGCAGGAUACUGCCUGUCAUCUGGCUGGAAGUAGGUCCCAUUACUUCAACAGGGAUGCUUGUGAACAACUUAAGUUAAUAUGGAAUGUAGUGUCUAGCUUUGUUGUCCCACACUGAAGUAUAUGGGACUUGCACUAACUGAACUAUUUGAGUGUUGGGACCUCCUUUUCAUGUUUUCAUGUUCUUUGGAAGAAUGUACAGUCGAUACACAGUAAUGAACAAAAAGACUAUCAUCAUUUGUAUCAGUGCAAAUAUAAAGAGAAAUCAACAGAGUUUGUUGGUGUGAUUGUA